ACUGCUCGGACGUCUGGUGAUAGUCCCACACCAGUUCAGCCAUGGGCUGGGUGCUGUGGGGGGUCCUGCUCACCUGGGUGUUGGUGGCUUGGGUGAGAGGGGAUGAACAGUCCCAGGAGCUGUCCUCCUUUGCAGGUUUUCCAGAGUGCAAGAAGGCUCUGAAGCUCCCAAGACUGGAAGUCCUGCCGGGGGGGGGCUGGGAUAACCUCAGGAAUUUGGAUAUGGGCAGAGUCAUCAACCUGGGCUACUCGCUGUGCAAGACCACAGAAGACGGAUCUUAUAUCAUCCCAGAUGAGAUCUUCACUAUCCCUCGCAAGCAGAGCAACCUGGACAUCAACUCAGAGAUCAUCGAGUCCUGGAAAGAUUACCAGAGCAUCACCUCCGCCUCCAUCAACAUGGAGCUGUCCCUCUUCUCCUCCAUCAACGGCAAGUUCUCCUACGACUUCCAUCGGACUAAGACCCGCCAAGUGAAAGACCGCGCUGUCACCACCCGAGUGCAAGUCAGGAACCUGGUUUACACUGCCAAGAUCGACCCGGGGGCAGUCCUGGACAAGGGCUUCAAGAAGCAGCUGCUGACGAUCGCCAGCCACCUGGAGAACAACCAGACACGGAUGGCUGAUUUUCUGGCUGAGGUGCUGGUGCUUAACUAUGGCACCCACACUAUCACCUCCAUAGAUGCCGGAGCCAGCUUGGUGCAGGAGGAUCAGAUCAAGGCAACAUUCCUGAGGGACAGCGGGGCCACACGGAGCGCUGUCACCGCCUCAGCCGGCGUGUCCUUCCACAGCAUCAUCAAUAUGAAAACCGAGGCAUCUCUGGACGUCAGCUCAGGCUUCACCAAGCAGUAUCUGGACAACCGCACCAAUUCCAGGGUAGAGAGCAUCGGCGGGACCCCCUUUUACCCAGGCAUCACCCUCAAGACCUGGCAGGAGGGGAUCAGAAACCAGCUGGUGGCUCUUGACCGCUCAGGGCUGCCCCUAUACUUCUUCAUCAACCCCAACACCCUGCCAGAGCUGCCCACCCCCACAGUGAAGAAGCUGGCCAGGCGAGUGGAGAUGGCUAUCCACCGCUACUACACCUUCAACACCUAUCCGGGCUGCACUGACGCCACCUCGCCCAACUUCAACUUCCAUGCCAAUGCCGAUGAUGGCUCCUGCAAGGGUGCUGUGACCAACUUCACCUUUGGGGGAGUCUUCCAGGAAUGUUCCGGGCUGGCCGGCCCCUACACCAGCACGCUGUGCCAGGGGCUGGAGCAGAGGAACCCCCUCACUGGGGCUUUCUCCUGCCCCGCCACCUACACUCCAGUGCUGCUGGGCGUGCAGGAGCGGGAGGAAGGCCACAGCCACCUGGACUGCCACAAAAAGUGCAUCCUGGGCAUCUUCUGCCACCGCGAGUGCCAGGACGUCUUCUCACUCACUCGGGUACAAUUCAGUGCCUACUGGUGUGCCUCAAGUGGGACGGUAGCCCCAGGCUCAGGAUACCUCUUUGGGGGGCUGUUCAGCACCCACAGUGCCAACCCCAUCACUGGUGCCCAGUCCUGCCCCUCGGGGUACUUCCCGCUGAAGCUCUUCGAUGAGCUCAAGGUGUGCGUGAGCCAGGAUUACGAGUCGGGAGGCCAGUACGCGGUGCCCUUCGGGGGCUUCUUCAGCUGCCAGGCAGGGAACCCCUUGGCAGGGCAGCACCAGGGGACCGCUGAGGACCCCCGUGCCAAGAGCUGCCCCCCAGGCUUCAGCCAGCACUUGGCGCUCAUCAGCGACAGCUGCCAGGUGCAGUACUGUGUCCAGGCCGGCGUCUUCACGGGGGGCUCGCUGCCGCCCCGCCACCCGCCCCCUAUCCUGGCGACGGCCUGCUACAGCCGCCGGAGGUACAAGACGAGGGGGUACCGCGCGAUGGGUGAAGGGGACAGCCUGGUCGCUGUGAGCCCCAAGGACAGCACUGUGCUGAGCGUGGGCGAGGAGUACCAGCAAGAGCCCAAGGGGCCAGUGGCAUGAGCAUCCCUCCCCUGCAGUUGCCAGGCGAUGCCUUGUACCCCAAACCCAAGCAAAGUCCCCUGCCUACCGCCCUUUCCAGGGGCAAAGCUGCGCAGCACCACCAGCCCCCUGCCCCCCGCAGCCAGGGGUCCCUGUCCCCACAGAGGCCCCAGGCUCACCCCGGGCGACACAGGCUCUCGCCCUCCACCAGAUCCCCAAGUCCCAGCCUCGAGCACCUGGGAGGCUCCAUGUCCCUUCAGACAUCCCUCCCUGGCUGACCUCGGAGGCCAGCUCCCAGGGUCGGCCCCCCAUCAGGGCCCACCAUGAUGUCCCUCCACCAGCCCCUGCACCUCCCCACUCCAGCCAGUCCCAGGGCUCUGCCCUGGCAGAGAUAAAUGAGUUUCCCCUCUGCUGCAAGCCAUGCCCCAGCUGUCCCUCUGCCCCAAAACCAAAAAAGGGGACCCAGGGUCCUUCAACAAGCCACCGGGGACACUGGGGUAUCUAAGGAGGAGGAAACCCCAAGGACAGCCACCUUUUUCCCCCAGGCUGGCCCCAAAAAGCCAGGGGA